GGGGUCUCGGUCCAAAUACGUUACUCGAGUCCGAUAAGUAUUACGUGAACGAGACGAGAAAGUGCAUUUCUCUUGUGGAUCCCGAAACGGAGAGUGGUCGGUCGUGGGCUGUCGUUCCAAAGUGGCAGAGAAGUUAUCUUACUCGGCAAGAAGGAGGAUUGCGCGGAUCUACAUGCGAAAAACGACUGUUCCGGUGAUUCGUUAAUAUCACAUAAACGAACCUUGUACAGUAUGAGGAUAUUGUGGCCGUUCAUCAUUAUCGUAGCGACCGGCAGCGCUCAUAAUUUCCUAGACAUCGUCAAGAAUUAUAUCCAUACAUCUGGAAAAGAGUACGGAUUUACAAGUAAUACCAGGUAUGACUUUAUCGUCGUAGGAGCUGGAUCGGCAGGUUCCGUAUUAGCCAAUCGUCUAUCGGAGAACAAGAGAUGGAGAGUUCUAUUACUGGAAGCGGGAUAUGCGCCAAACCUGUUGAAUCAGAUUCCGAUAUUCGUCGGCUUGUUUCAAUUAACUAAUUACAAUUGGGGUUACAACGUAGAGCCUCAGAAGAAUGCCUGUCUGGGGAUGAUAAAUCAUCAGUGCGCUUGGCCGCGGGGUAGGGCCAUGGGUGGCACGAGUGUCUUGAACUAUAUGAUCCAUACACGUGGAAACAAGUUUGACUACGACAAAUGGGCUAGUUUGGGCAACGUGGGCUGGUCUUACGCGGACGUUUUGCCGUAUUUUAAGAAAAGUGAAAGAUUUAAUGUACCAGGUAUCAAGAAUUCUUCAUAUCACAAUGAAAACGGUUAUCUGUGCGUAGAACAUGUGCCAUAUCACACAAAACUGGCGACCGUGUUUCUAAAUGCCGGCCAGGAGUUGGGAUAUAAAAUCGUCGAUUACAAUGGCCAAGAUCAAAUAGGUUUCUCAUACAUCCAGGUAAACAUGGAUCAUGGAACGCGUUGCAGCGCCGCCAAGGCCUAUCUCGAGCGAAUCAAUCGACCAAACUUGGAUAUUAUUACCGGUGCUAGAGUGACCAAAGUACUAAUCGACGCGGACAAGCGCGCUUACGGUGUUGAGUACGUCAAGGACAACGUAUGGAAGAAGAUAAUCUGCUCGAAAGAAAUUUUAUUAUCAGCCGGUACGAUCGACUCGGCGAAAUUGUUAAUGCUGUCAGGAAUUGGACCAAGGGAGCAUCUUGAAGAGCUCAACAUCCCGGUGAUUCAGGACUCUAAGGUUGGCUAUAGCAUGCACGAGCAUAUCGGUUUCUUGGGAUUGACUUUCAUGGUGAAUCAGAGCGUGUCACUGCUGCAGAAUAAGUUGCUUCGGCCGAGCGUGUUCCUAGAGUACCUUCUACACAAAGACGGCCUGAUGACGAUUCCAGGAGGUGCCGAGGCACUGGCAUUUAUGAGAACUAAAUACGCUUCUGACGAAAAACCGGACGUUGAACUUCUUUUUGUAUCUGGUUCUAUACAUUCGGACAACGGUCAGAUUUUGAAGAAGGGUCUAAGAAUUUCAGAGGAUCUGUACGACGCUAUCUAUAAACCCAUUGAAAAUCAGGAGGCCUGGUCGAUCUGGCCGAUCGUUCAAUCUCCCAGAAGCGUCGGUCGUCUCACGUUACGAUCAAAAGAUCCAUUUGAGCCACCUAAAAUGGAUCCAAACUUUUUCAGCCACCCGGCUGAUCUAGAGAUUAUUCUCGAGGGAGUAAAACACGCCAUCAACAUAUCCAGAACCAAAGCCUUUCAGGCUUACGGCAGUCGAUUGCACGAUAUUAAAAUACCUGGCUGUAGACAAUUUGAAUUCGCUUCCGAUGAUUAUUGGCGUUGCGCUAUCAAGCAUCUGCCAUCUAUGAUGAAUCACGAGAUAGGGACUGUUAAAAUGGGACCUCGAACGGACACUUACGCGGUUGUGGAUCCGCAGCUAAGAGUGUACGGUAUCAAGGCACUCAGAGUAGUGGACGCUUCAAUCAUGCCAAUGAUGCCUACUGGCCAUGUGAAUGCAGGAAUAUAUAUGAUCGGCGAAAAAGCCGCGGACAUGAUCAAGGAAACUUGGAAGAGCGCGUUGUAAAAUUCGCUUUUUUACAAGAGGCUCGGAAAAUCGUAUGGAGAAUGGUAGUCAACAUUAAACACAGCAUUGUUAUCGAAGCAACGUUGAACGUUUAAGAAAAGGAAUGCAUAUAACUCUUUUUUGCUCAAUUUUUUGUUGCUCAAGUUGGCAACGAGAAAGAAUUAAUGUAACAAAAUAAAAUAACAAAAGAAUUAAUAAGAUUGUUGUUAGACAAUUUCAUGUCGAUCUCCUAGCGUUUUAAAUUAGUGACGAAUAUAAACGUGUAUACGGAUAAUACUGCAUAAUUUCUCAGGUUACUGUUAAAAAAACAGACGUGUGUAAAUAGGCAUCUGAAGCGAUUGCACAUACUUUAUGGGUAUUUUCCACUCAAUGUAUGAUGUACAUGUAUAUAAGCUAUCGAUAACUUUUAUGCGCGCGCGCGUGUGUAUGUGUGUGUUUGUGUGUUGUAAACAGCUCGAAAAAUUAUGAGCCAGUCUGUGAUUCUAAAAUCCCCAACAAGUUCAAGAUAGCUACAGACAAUCGAAUACAAUUGUCAAUUUUUCUUGUCAAGAACGAUUAUUCAUGCUAAAGUUUAAAAAAAAAAAACAGAAAAAAAAGGGAAAAAAAUGGUAUCUGUAUCUUUUUAGUUAAUAUUUUUUUUCAAUCAUAUUCAAUUAAAUAAAAGAUUCAAGUCAAUUAUUACGUCUUCAUUCAAUUAUUACUUAAUUGUUAUAAACAUCAAUAAUCAAGUAAAAUGAUUAUUGACGCGAUAUACAUAACUAUCACACUCAAUGUUAAUGCUCGGAUGUAGUAUAAUAAUUAUUAUAACACACUGAAAACUAGCAAUGACAAUCAGCCAAUGAUUAAUAAUACACACUUUAAUAAUAUACAAAAAAUAUAGAGUUUUAAUCUCACAAUUAUUCAAACGUUUCGAUUGACAUUCUCAGCAUUUUUAUAAAUUAAUUACAUUUAGCCUUGACUUACAUCGCCAUACUUUAGGCUUAAGAGUUUAAUGGACAUCUUAUUUUAUUUAUUACAUUAUUUAUUAAUUAUCAAUUUAUAUAUUUAUACGACAAUGCGAUUAUGUGUGUUCUGUUGUGUCGGAGGUGAGUCACCAUCUGUCUAGUUUUUUCAUAGUUUUUUCGUUCGUCAUUUUUAUUAUAACUUUUUGAGGCCAUACAAUACAUCCAGCGUUUUAACGUUUGGACAUUGGUGAGGAAUCUGGCCAGUUCUUUCACUAACCGAUUGCAACAAGUCGCACACAUGUUAAAAAUAAACAUGUGAGACCACAGUUUUACUUAUAUUGUUUUAUGUCACUGAAGAUGGCUGAGAAUAUCAGUCGAAACGUCUUAAUAAUUAAAACGUAAGAUUAAAACUAUGUUUUUAUAUUAUUAAAUUAUGCGUAUUAUUAAUCGUGCUGAUUCUCAUCGCCAGUUUUCAUCGUGUUAUUUUAAUCUGUUAGUAAUCGGGAAUCUGAUAGGAAUUUGUUGUUUAAUAAUUAUUACUCAAGAAUAUUUGUCGAGGACGAGCGUUCAGUUGCAUCGAUCGUUCUCGUUAGUGACGCAAUUUUGUCAUUGCAGCAGAAUACGUUCGUAUUUUAUUCUGCUUUGUGUGUCGCGUAGCACAAAGUAUUUACAAAUGGAUUAAUUAAUGAUAGAAGCGAUAUUACAAGAAAAAAAACGAAAAAUAUUCUUUAAUAGAGAAUAAGUGUCGCCUGUCAGUAGUGUGUUUAUAUUGUGACGUAAAAGAGGAGAGAUGAGUCAUAGUUUCCCCUCUUGCCACCUAUUUAUCCCCACAAAACUGACAUAAGAUAGAUAACAUCUAGAGAGGCAAAGAAAACAUUCAGAAAAACUGUCUGUGUUGUUCUCUUUGUAAAAUUAAACAAUUUAUUUUCAAAUUUUCUUAACAAUUUUGUGCAUUCUUAAAAUGCACAAUUGUAAAUUAUAAUACUUGAUAAUAUAACACGUAACCUAUUGAAAAUUACACGGAGUAAAAAUGCUUUAAUGAAAUAUAUGUCAUCAUCAAGUUUUGUCAUGUAAGAAUUAAAUAAAUAACACAUUUAAAAUUAAA